CUUGGCGUUUGGAGGUGUCUCCCGUCUGUGUAACAUACACUGUUGCUUGGCACACACACAGGCCCCCGUCCCCCCGCCGCCAGACUUUCUCUUCUUCUUCGUCCUCUAAGCCUACAUCGUUGUUCAAAUUCAUAGAUCAAGAUGUCUGGACUCGAAGCUAUCAGCUAUUCACAGGAUGAAACCAUCACGGCAAUUCGCAACUACUAUCAAUUCCUUACAAAAUCAUAUCUUCACGAGGCCUACGUCGUCGAGCCACCAUCAGGUGGUUGGCCACAUAUAGACAACCUUCAAUGUAUGGAGAAGACCGACGAGGUGAUCGAUCUGCUUCGCCAUCUUCCUUACAUUCGCCGAACUGAGGAUGACGGCCCGCAAGGUGCCCCUGGAUGUCAUUUCGCCGAUUGGCAGCAAAUCUCGCAGGCGGCUUCCGAGGAUGACGGCUGCAGCAUGCGAGAGUGCUCGGAACCCUCAGAGCUCGUCGAGAACAUACCGCCCCACGUCAUCGGCUUGACAUACGGCGGCCGCAACAACCCGACCUUCCUCCUCGAUACCCAACGAGGGAUCGUGCACUGGUACGAGUGCGAUGACGAGAUUCGCCAUAACGCCGACAACGAUCCCGAGUGGGUGAUGCCCGUGACAGACGUGGACGACCCGUAUGAAUGGGCACCUGAGGAAGAGGCAGAGUGGCGCGCUGAGCACCCGGCCUGGGCUGUAGCCGAUUUCUUCCACCUUCUUCAGCGCCAGUUUCUCAGACUGAAAUUUGUACCCAUCAGCCCGAAGACAGUUUACGAAGUUCACGACCAACAGGACUCGGAGGAAGCCGCAAUGCUCUCUGCAGUACAGGAUAUCUAUCGUCAGCACGGUUGGCCAAAUUUGGCGACCUUUCGCAAGCAGGAAUGUCUACAGGCUGUAGGCGCAAUAUUGCGGACAGAGUACCCGGAUCAUCUUGACCCAGGUCCCGAAGACGACGACAGAGGCGAGGAUGAAGAGUGAGAGCACGAGAUAUUCGGGUCGACCGGCUCAUGGCUUACAAGUGCUGGAGUGAGGCCUGCUGUCAGCAACUUCUUGG